UGGAAGCCUGGUUCUCUCAUGUGAUGGCGUGUGAUGUCAUGGAGGCCUCUUCCAUUUCAGACUGCAGGGGGAGGCUCGGAUGAUGGAAUAUCCCUCCUCUUUAAAAUCCCUGCAUGUAAAAAAAAACUAGUAGCAUGUUAGGGGAAAGGCAAAGCUAUCCUCUUUCUCCUCGGCAUGCUAGUUUCUUCUGUGCAAGGAACCAUGUUAUAUGCAGAAGGGUUAUAUGGAGAAUUGCACAAGCCUCCACCUACAAGUGGUAUGGCCUAGACACAGGUCCAGUAGAUGUCACAACAAGCAUCGAGAACGGAAACCUUUAGUGAAGGCACCAAAGGCAAGUUGCUCAUGGACUGGAUCGUAAAAGGCCGCUGAUGACUGCUGUGCUUUCCAUCAGGAAUUAGAAGCUGCAGCAGCAGCAAGGGACCAUGGGAAGGCACAGCCCCAAAGGGUCAUACCAACGGCUCAAGAGGCAGAAAGGCCAACGGCAAAAGCCACCGAAUACUGCUCUGAAGCACAUGCUUAGCUUUCUGCUGCCUCGUUUCUGCAUCCGAUUCCUCUGGAGCCAGCCCGACGAAUUCCGAGUCGCCAAGUUUUUCCUGGGAGCCGGGCUCGGGAGUCUGUUUGCUCUGGGUCUCUCCGAGGUCCUGAUUUUCCCAAUGAGUAUCACAGAAGACCACAAGAUACAGCUUAUGUACGGCAUGGCAGGUGUGAGCGCUCUAGGCUGGGGUACCUCCCCACACUUCCGCUGUUCCAGCCUCUUGGUGGUCCCCAAAUUCCUUGGGCGAGAAGGACGGGUGUACAUACUGACCUACGUGUUGGCGUCCAUCUAUGACGGUCCUGUGGCGAAUGUCCGGCACAACCUGGGUGAAGUGGUCCGUUCCAUCAGCUGCACCGUGGAGCUACAGAUCGAAAACGUCAAGCGCAGCUGGAAGGUGUCCUUGGCUCCGCUGCGCAAGGUCCUCCGAGACAUGGUGAUGAGCGGUCAGAUCCUGAGAGCCGAAAACAAAGACGUCUCGCGCUCCUUCGCCGCGCUGAACGCUCAGGUGGCCAGCCAGGAGGGCUACAGCGCGCGCAGGGCCAGGGCGGCAGCACGGAAAGGCCGCCCUUCCACCCAGGAAGCCUACGAGACCAAAACCCGGAUGCGCUGCACAUACAUAAUCCGGAAAGCCAUCGUGCGCUGCCAGACGUGGUUCAGUGACAAGCACAGAUCCUGCAUGCGCACCAUCGCCGUGCCCCUCGUCAGCCACCUGCUCUGCCUCCCCAUGAAGUUCAGCUUCCUCUGCCACCUUGCUCAAAUCAUGCACACCUGGUGCCGUAACAAGAUCCCCGUGGAGGGGAACUUCGGGCAGACCUACGACCGCGUCAACGGCUCCAUCGACAACUUAAACCAGGAUUUCUCCGCCACCUUAGUGGUCAAGGAAGAGCAGCAAGCCAUGCUGGUGGGGGCCAACCUCUCCCACAGACACCUGGUGGACGACGUCAAUGAGCAAAUCACCCAGAACAGCCGCCGCUUCAGCACCGUCAUGUCUGUCCUCCGUGUCCUGCUGUCCUGCACCUUCGUUUUCAUUUUCGCUUCGGCUUACUCCUAUACCAACAGUUACAACCAGGACAUCCGCUUUGAUAAUCUUUAUAUCUCCCGCUAUUUCCGGCUGAUCGAUGCCCGGCGUCGGAAGCAGAAGAAGCGUACGCUCCUUCCCUUGCGGCGUGCCGAGCGUAGUGGCGUCAUUGACCCUUACCGCCUCCGUUUCCAGCCGGCCGAGAGCAAGAACGUAAUGCUGGAGCUGCUGGGCUGCAUGCCAACCCUGGUCUUCCUGCUGCUGGUGUGCUCCCUGGAUUCCUUGCUGUACACCGUAUUCAACACCAUCCGGCACCACUCCUUCGUGGAGUACUCUUUCCGCAGCAGCCACCACUUGGAAGUGAAGGUCGGGGGGCAGACGAUGAUGGCCCGACUCCUCCGGAGCACCAUCGGGGCCCUGAAUACCUCCUCGGAGACGGCCAUGGAGGCAACUAACGUGGGACCUGACUGCCGUUGGCCCCACUGCCCAGCUGUCUUCUUCUCCAUGUUCUGCAGAGUGUUUGCCAGAAGUGCAAGGGAUGACCAAGGCGCAGUAUGUGACCUGUGCCAUCCCCCUGGGCGUCCUGAUCCUGCUGUGCUUCGUGCAGGUGUAUGUCUAUCGUCUCCGCCGAGUGAUCGCUGCCUUCUAUUUCCCCAAGCGGGAGAAGAAGCGUAUCCUCUUCCUCUACAACGAAAUGUUGCGCCAGCGCAUGGCCUUUGUCGUGGUGCAGCGGAAGCGCAUCAUCCAGCGUGCCCGGCAGCGCAAGAGACUGGAGAAGCCCCUCCUGGAUCGGGUCAGACGCUGGCUCCCAUUCCUGCAGCGCUUCCUCCGCCAGCGGUGCAUCCUUUGCAGCUUGCCCGAAACCCGCAACUCCUGCCUUUGCCCCAACCCGGAUUGCGGCACCCUCUACUGCCGCCUUUGCUGGCAGGACAUGGGGCAGGUCUGCUUUGCCUGCAGCCCGGACGAUCUGCUCUCCGAUGACGACAGCAGCGAGGGGCAGACGGGCUAUGCAGACUGAAGUGCCAUCCGUGGGGGUGGCGGAUGCUGCUUUUCCUGGUUUUGUUUAUUAAACGUAGUCCUAAUACACUUGUUUUAAUAAUAAACAUUUAUUUAUUUAU